CAACUGCAGUCAGAUUUAUCAUCACUGUAAUUUGCAACUGUACAUUUUACUUGAGUCAUUUAUUCAAGACCUGAAAAUUUACCCAUGUUACCUUGGAAACAAGGCUCACAUUUAACUUGCUGGUAAGCGUCAGUCUGUAUUUUUUUGUUCCCCUGUUAAAUCAGCUCUACUUGAAAACCUUUAAUACUAGACUACAUUUCCCUUUAAAACUGCCUGUGCAAGCAGCCACUGCAAAGUUUCAACUCUCUGUUGGUGGUCCUGCUGCUUUAUUGUCUCAGUUGGUAACUACUGUAUCUGCCAGUCACUGGAGAAGAAUAGGAUGCCAUGACUACUGCAGUAAACAAGCUUUAAGCAGCUCUGUAUAUUGCCUGACACACAUAUACACACAGUGCAGAGAAAUGUAGACAGUAUGUAGUGAAACUGCAGCAGUGGACCACAUCUUGUCUUUUUUCUACAUGUAAGUAUUUCUUGUACCAGACACCAAAGACUCAGAACUGCUGGUGAUGCCAGUGGGCCACCAGCACAGUCAGAGAAAGGAGCCGACGGAGAAAAUGUUCAUCGAAAAUGCCAACCCACAACACCCACCUCGCCGCCACGAAUUCUUUCUGCGUAGUCGACCCUACAGGGGGGAGCUGCCGACAGUGGCAGGAUAUCUUCUCUACCCGGACACUCCCGCUAAGAUGGAGACCACGUCACGGGAGGCCUUCUGCUUCAGACCCAUCCCACAACAAGACAGAUGCAAAGGAGACCAGAACACGCAGCAGGAGGCCCAAAGUCCUCAUCCCACAUCCUCCCGACAAACAGGAAGAGGAAAAAGCAGCAGCGGGGACAGGGAAGCAGGGGAGGACGAGCAAGAGGGCAACCACUAUCAGACAGGGUCGACAGCAGUGAAAAACGAACAAGACACAACAGAGAUGCAGUCUCAGUAUCAGAAGGAUUUCCCUCCUCCAUCCUCCUGCCGCAGGAGGCGAACGCCUGCCCUCCCGCAGCCAGACAACAUCGGUAUUAACCCUGCCUUCAGGAUCGAGUUUAGCACAGUCCAAAGAGAGGCUUUCCCUGGUUGGCCAAUCAUGAACCCCAGGUAUCCUGGCAGGCGGAGAGCGGCCGUGUCCGCCCAACCACGAAUGACUUCUGAGAGAUAG